UGCAGGUCUACUCCUACCACACGCGGGUGCAGGUGCUGCCGGGACCCGGGGGCCCCGAGACCCUGCCGCGACUGGUGCCGGUGCCGGAGCAGGAGCAGGAGGCGGGAGCCACCACAGGGCCCCUGCACUCGGUCCUCAUCAUGGAGCGCUGCGACCUGGGCUCCCUGGCGGAUGCCCUUGACAACGGCCUCUUCAAGCAAGCCAUCAUCGCAGCAGCCGGUCUCAACCUGACCACCACCACCACCACAACAACAACAACGACAACCCCAGCAGCAGGCAACCACAUGCACCAAGACGGCACCGCUGCUGUUGCUGGCGGCAAAGGCGGAG